GAUCCAGCCUCUGUGUGGACCAUACAGCAUCGCUCUGCCAGGAGACAAGAGUAAAAGCAAAGCUGAAAAGGGAAUGGAGAAGGCUGCCAGUGUCCUUGGUUUUUUUUUAGAACCUGCUGCCCUGCAGGAUGUCCGCAAGGCAUUAGAGUUGUGUGACUAUGCCCUUUACAUAUCCAACUGCAACAUCCCAGGGGAGACUGUACCUAUCGCAGCAAGGAAGCAGGUGGUGGCCACAUGGGUGCAGAUCAAGAGGCUCUUGCAACAGCAGAUUGGCCCAAAGAUGGAUAUUAAAGAUGAGUGUGAGAAUGAGGACGUGUCAGCGAUGACGCGUGUGCUGGUUGGAGUGGAGAUGCUCCAGUGCAAUAGGAACCCGAGGCAUAUGGAGUUCUCCGUUCCCAGUCUCUCCACACUGGUGAGCAUGGCGUCUGAAUGCAGCUGGACUGACGCCGUGGUGGAGUUGCAGGUGUGGUGCCAGCUGGCUGCCUUCUGCCACUAUUCCAAGGACCACAGCUUGGUGUUGUGCUGCACCAAGAAUGCUCUGCAGCUGGAAGAAGCAGCAGCAAAGAACCUCAAAACCAUGCCUUGUGUUUUGUAUGGCCUGACUGCAGUGAAUGAGAUGCUGAGCACUGCGGCUUGUUUGAGGGGUUUGAGUUUAAUCCAUGAGUCCAAUGGAGAUCUCCACAGUUACAGAGAGGCUAUGAAGGUGCUCCUGUCCAGUGUCAGCUAUGCUGAGGCUGAGAAUCCAGCAUUGUGUGUCGCAGCUGCCAGGCAUUACUGGAAUGCUUGUCUACCCCUGACACAAACUCCUGAGGAAAGAUGGCAGCUCAAGGAGCCCCUGGAGAAGAUCCUGGUUGCUCUGGUUCAUACCAACUUGAAACAUGCAAAUGCUCUGGAUGUGGAAGGGGAUUUACAGAAAAGAGUGCUGGAUCAGAUACAUAGAAAGAAGCAGGGCAAAAUGAAAGGCUUGCUGACCUUGACAGCACUGCCUCUUGGGAGUUCUAAACAUGAAGCAACAGGUGAAGAGGACCUAACCCUGAGAGCAGCCAUUUACAGUUUGUUGCUCCACAUCCACAUUGAUAAGACAGACUGGAAAAGUGCUCUGCAGCUGCUGGACCAAGCUAUUAGAGAAAUGCCUCGCACCAGACACCGGAUACCUCUGCUGAAACACAGAAUACUGGUUAAAGCACGGCUGGAUGAAAAUGUACUGAUGGACAUGCAGAAGUUACAAGACGAAGGAGAGCAGUGCCAUUCAUUCAUGUGGCACCAGGUGGCUCUGUGUGCUGGCAAGAUAACCCAACAGCUCAUCUGCUACCAGAAAUCCAUCACCUCUCUGUUGCAGAGUGUAGAGACUCAUUGGCAGAAAGUCAGCCUUCUGCUAGAGUUUGGAGAGUGGCUAUACUCUCACAACUUCCCCAAAGCUGAUGCCGAACACCAGGUUCAGUGGGCCAUAGACAUCCUUCUACACUUGGAAACUGAACAGACUGGAGGAGAAGAGGAGGAGUCCAAAAAGAUGGAUUUGAGUUCUGUGGAAUGCGAGUCCCAGGUAGGACGUUCAGCCAAGAGGCAGAACGCAACACGGACACAGACUGAAGAAACAGACAACCAUUUCUACAGGAGCAAAGGAGCAGGACGGGAGCACAACAGGUGA